CAAUUACAAUAAAUUUAUAUGGGAAAUUCCAAAUCUAAAGAGAUCACUAAACAUGCAAAAGUUGCAUUCACACCUGAAUAGCUUUAAUAACUAGAAAAAUUGUUUUAAUGCUUAAAUGGAGGCAAAGAUCUUGUAGAAAGAUCUUUUCUACCUUAUUUCCCUGAAAAUCCAGACUUUUCGAUAAAAUUAUUCAACUGGAUGGUUGAACGAAGUCCAAAUCAUUAGGUCAAUUAUACUAAUUUUGUUGUUUUAUGUAAGUUCUUGUUAAAAUUUUUAGUGGAGUUAUUGCUUAAAGAAUUGAAAGAUUACUAUCUUAGUGAUUAUAAGUUUAGAAAUUUAGAAAAGUUUGAAUUGUUUGCCUUGAUCAGUUUAGAAUGUUUGGAAAAUGAUAAAGAUUCUAUAAAUAGGUAGUUAAUCAAAUAUCCGUUAUUCUAGAUUUGCAGUAUGCUAUUCAUAAGGUAGCAUCGUAAUUAGGGAAUUAUUGAAUAUUUAUUCAGGUGGUUAAAUAACAAAUUCUUAAAGAAAUGAUUUAGCUGCUAGAUCAGUCACAAAUACAAUAUUUGAUUAAAAAGAUGAAUUACCAUUUAAUUAGUUUGUUAGUAUGGCAAAAGCUUAGUUGAUUUAUGCCAAUAAACUAUGCAAAUAUUAUUUUAAUAUGAAAUUUCUAGGAGAGUAAUCUCGUAUUGAAAUACCAAGAUUGAAUACUUCUAGUUUUAUAUUAAAUGAUCAAGUUUUAGCCUUACUUUAAUUGAGUUCUCCUGAUUUUAGUAAAAUCAAAUAAUUAUAAUUACAAUUCUCAUCAUCUGUAAGUGAUGAAGAUUUAGAUCACAUUUCGGAUAUUGUUGUAAAUACUUAAAAGUCUUUAUUAUUCAUUUUUAGAAACAGAGAAGAUGAGUGUAAUUUUUUAGUUAAAUUGUAUUAGCAUAAAAUGAUACUUUUUAACAACAAGUUUUUGGGGCAUAUAUUUCAAUAGAUCCAACACUCGAAACUCAUUAUAUUAGGAGAAAACUGAAAGAUCCAAUGAAUAUUUUAUAUAGUGAAAAUGAUCCUCAGAGUUUAUAUUUUGGGGAUGAAAAAAGCUUCUUAUUUUCAUUAAUGCCAAAAUAUUAAUUAUUUAUGAGUACUUUUGAUCAAAGGUCAAAAUAAUGUUUUGCUUACAUAAACAAUAAAUCUUUUAGAGUUGAUUAACCUUUAGGAUUAGCCUUUGGAGGAGAUGGAAAAGGAAAUCAUAGGAUUUGGCUUGAUGAUAAUUUAAAAGGUAAUGCUACUUGUAGAAUAAAUAACUAAUGUGAUUUAACUUAUGAAAUGGGAUAUUUAUUAGAACCACAUAUUGAAUUCCUAAAUGUAUAGAUUAUUUAUAUAAUUUAGUUAACUUGUAUCGAAAUUUGGAGUGUUGAAGAAAAAGAAGCAAAUUCAUUGCUUCAUUUAUAGAGUAAGAUAGAAACUAAUAAAGAAGAUUUGCAAUCUAAAGAUAUUGAACAAUAGAAAGAAAAUGUAAUUGAGUAAAAAUGAUAGAGAAC